AAUGGGGAGUCGGCACUUCCAUUCUUUCUCGUGGCCCCGAUGUUUCAUUCAGUCGUUUACGCUGCGGCGGGCCUAGUCUUCCUCGCGUAUGCUGCCGAAUAUGUGUUGACGCUGAGGGACCACCGGGACGAGCCGUUGCGUCUCCGGUCCAAGGUGCCGCUCAUUGGCCACAUCCUUGGUCUCAUUCGGAGCGGCCCUUCGUAUCACAGCAAGUUACGAGAUGCCACCGAAGGCGAGAUUUAUACCCUAGGUAUCUUCCACUUCAAGCUCUACACCAGUGUGUCGGUCCGGCUUCUCCCUGCCAUCCAAAGACAGUCGAGGACGUUGUCGUUCCUGCCCAUGCUCCAGCAUGUUGCACGACGAUGGGGCGACGCAAGUGACGAGACAAACGACAUCUUCGGCGGUCCGCACUGCGCAGCCGACUUUAGCCGAGCCAUGCGACUUAGCCUGGCGCCGGGGCCGCAUCUUGACGAGCAGAAUGAGCGCAUGGGGAACCGGGCCUUGUUCGACGUCGAUACUCUCGUGGACCAAGCUGUUCAACAGCAGCAGAACCAGCAGAAGCAGCAGCAGCAGCCAGGAGGGUUUCGAAUUCGAUUUCUGCAAUGGGCUCGACAUGUCGUGACUCAAGCUUCCAGCUGCGGUGUAUACGGCACACGGCACCCUUUUCUCGACGCCGAGGUCGAAAAAGCAUUCUGGCAGUGGCAUGCCCAUCUGUCGGCGCAUAUUUCUGGACUGAACUUUGACGUGCUAGGCAAGGGCUACGCCGCCCGACACAAAGUAUUCGACGCCCACAUCAAGUACUGUCAUGACAUGCCUCCAGACGCAUCGAUGCUCUUCCGGGAGCGCUGGCGGGUUCUCCGUGAAGCUGGGAUAUCCGAAACAGACUGCAUCAAGCAACAGGCGACACUGCCGAUUGGUAUGCUGAGCAAUACGGUGCCGACCUUUUACUGGACCGUCUGGGAACUGUUUUCGCGGGAGGAGACUCUUUCGCAGGUCCGAGACGAACUCGAGCAGCAGGCCGUCGUCAAGUUGGAAAACGGUUGCUUCGCGCUCGACGUGGCGGCUCUCAAGGCACAGUGUCCGUUGCUGCUCUCGGUGUUCCAGGAAACGCAACGUGUGCGACACAUCCACGCUGCUAUCCGCAAGGUGAUGCAGGACACGCUGUUGGAUGGCAAGUAUCUCCUCAAGGCGGGGAACUAUCUCCAGAUGCCAGGCAACGCGAUCCAUUCGCAUGAGAAGAUAUGGGGUCCGACUGCAUCCCAGUUCGAUCCCAGGCGGUUCGUCGACGUAGACAAGAGGCGCGGCGGCAGCGACUUCUUGGCGUGGGGUGCACCGCCGCACUUGUGUCCCGCGCGGCAGUUUGCGGCUACCGAGAUUGUCAUUUUGGUCGCGCUUCUAGCGAUGCGAGUCGAUCUACGGCCUGCCAGUGGUGGCACGUGGGAACGAGAUCCAGCCUUGGACUUCAACGAUCCCAUUACAGUGCUGAAUCCUAGGAAGGAUGCUGAACUUAUCGUCGUUCCUAGGCCGCAAUGGGCCGGUAAAUGGACGCUCCGCAUGUCACAGAGUACGGUCCGGGUCCCUCUGGCCUCGGGAUGAGAACUUUUCGUAGUAGUCACUUUGGCUCAUGAUAGUCUCAAGCAGCGGAGGGGUGGGAUGACAGCUGACUAACGAGCUGCAACGGGCAAUGCAAUUAUCACAAGUACCAAAGCAAGACAGUUGGCGGAAUGGAGCUCGCCGGAACCUCUAGUUGGUUGUGCCCGGGGUGUCCAUAUACCUACCUAAAGCAUCCGAGGCAGCCAGACUCAUUAUGCUGACUGGAAAUCGGAGAUUCGCAGAGAUAUGCAGAAGAAAGCUGGGUCGCUGGGCUGGGCUGGUUGGUACGUACGGAUACGAGGGAGAUAGGAAAAAGAGAGGAGGGGAGCAGACUCAGGAGGAAAUUGAAUAAGGCGGCAUCGUGUGUUCCGUGUGGAGACAAAGACGAGAGCUUCGUCCAAUGUGA